AUGAGUUGGUAUACAGAGAUAGCUGAGCAUCUCGAAUCCUGUUAGAAAAUGCUUAAUGAAAAAAUUAAAUCCACUUAAGGUUUUAUUGGUUUAUUGUAAUAAAUCUUCAAAUUGGAGGAAUCCUAUUCGAAAAGUCUUGAAAAUAUUGGUAGCAAAUCUUGAAUAUUGUAGGUCUAUAGAUAUCCAAAUUAAUCAAUGAAAAGGAGGGAACUACUGAAUUAUUCACAAUUCUCAGAAGUUAUUUACUUAUUAAAUCAGAAUAAACUAAAUGCUUUGCCAUGUAGUUAAACAAUACCUUAAUAAGCGAAUAACAAUAAUUUUUGUUUAAGCAAGAUAAUUUCUCAAAGGAAAUUCAGCAAUUUAACUUAGCAAAUAAGAAGGAGUAUUAGUAAAAUUUAUAAACUCUGAAUUAAUUUACUACAGAGUUUAGGAAUGCAAUUGAGGAAGAAAAAUAACAUUAAUUAAAUAGAUUAUAGAAGAAAAAAUUGAGCAUUGCAGUUAGUGAAUUAAGCUUUCAAAAUUUUCUGACUAUUUAUAAUUAAUUCAUCGAUGCCUGUUGUAAGGAUGUUAUCAAUUUUUAACAAAAAUUCUCAGGUUUAGAAUUAGAGAGAAAGAACCUAUUAUAGGAUUCUCAUAUGAAGUUUAUCAUAUUUGAGAUUUCAGUAAUCAGGAAUUUGCAAUACGAUUUAACAGGCAUUAGUUAAAAACUUGAGUAGCACCAACCAAAUAAUAGCGUUUUGGAAUAACAAUCACAGAAAAAUAUAGCCAUAGACAAAAUUGAUUUCGAAGUUCUUAAAAGGGAUAUUUUUUAAUAGCUUCAUUUUAAACCAGAAAGCCAAUUAUUGAAUAAAGUGAAAAAACCAAUUUUUGAUCAGAUAAAAUCUAAAGAUUCAGAAAAUUUUGAAUACUUAUCAGAAGAAGGCCAAAGUUAUUAGAAGAUAUUUCAUAAUGUUCUUCUAAACAAUAGUAUUACGGAUGAAGUGAUAAAGAAAUUGAGUGAGUUGUUGGAAGUAGCUCUGCCAUAUAGUUAUACAUAAUGUUUGGAAUAAGUGCUUUCCAAGGUGACAUCUGAUAAGUAUUAGAAAAGUAUUUCGAACUACUAAGUGUCUCAUGAGGUAUAUCUCUCAGUGUAAAAAUUAUUAAUUACUUUACUUGAUCAUUGUAACAAAUAUCAAGAUUAUGCGACUGUUGUUUUAGAGGCUUGUCAAUUUGCAAAAAAGAUAGUUAAGAGAGUAUACUUGCCGACUGAAAAUAAGGAAAUUAAGCUAAGUGUUUUUGGUAUUUAUAGGCUUUAAUUUAAUAGAGGGUUUAAUGAACCAUUAAGUAAUUUAAAACUCUUAAUUAUGGAUUGAUUAAGCAAUGAAUUUGAAGAAGUAGCCUACUCAAAAAAUUUGUAUGUUUAAAGAAAAUUGUAUAUUGUUUUUGUAUUUUAGAUAAUAAAUCUUCAUAGAUCAUCCAUUCGCAUGAUGAAUAUUUAAAUGCACUUCAAUAAAUAGGAUGUCAAAAAUAGAUAAUUGAAAAUAUUAGAAUCCUUUUUAAUAAUACCAAUAAUCAAAAUGGCUAAAACUGA